GGAUCCUACAACGAUCAUGAGAGACAACGAGGAGAGUGAUGGCUAAGUGAUAAUACUCCCGUAGCUAGUACUAGUUGUAAAGGAGCUGCAGACCUUCCGGGUCCAUAUUGUCCUACUAAAUAAACGAGGAACCAAAGAACAAAGACAUGAUGCGAAGACCCUUGCUCUUUUGUUCCUCUUCGUUGCUCCUGCUCGCGUCAGAGUUGGUCAGAGCUGCGGAAAAUGCUACCUUGGCAGCAUAUUUUCCGAAAGCCACGAUUGAUGCAGCCGUUGAAAAAUAUGCAGACUUCAAGACCACUGCACAAGCGUAUACGUAUUUCGCAUACAACAGGAUUAAGGCUGUCGUUGAUAGCGUGGUCUCUCUACGUGUCGUUCUCUUUCUUUCCUUCAGCGUGGAUUCGGUUUCCGAGACUGAUAAGUGUACAGGUCAACGCCUAAAAACGACUACUAAGCAAACUGCGCAGUUGGCUUAGUGGUUUAGGCGUUGAACUGUACACUUAUCAGAGACCAUGUUGAUCGACUUUGUUUCCUUUGUAGUAUCAGGAGUCUCGCGGUCGCGUUCCUCUUCGGGAGCUGGCUCUAAUAAGAAGCCCAAGAAGUUUAACGCGCAGAAGCUGUGUCCGGCAUUAGACGCUUUGACGGACAUCAACGCGUCACCGCGUUCGAUUUUUUACUACAUCCUCGCACAUGUCGGAGCAAAUUGUCCCGCGAGUUUAUGAUGUGAUGUUGCCUAAUAAAUAAGGAAGUGGUCACCAGUGCUGAAGUUUGAGGAGUACUAGUACAACGCGAUGAAUUCUGAGUGACAAGAGGACUAAGAAUCUUGUUGUCCACUUCAAGACCGGAGUUCAUGUAUUCUGCUUGAUCUUGACAGUAAAAAGAUUCAUCUUGGAAAAAUUACCUCUAACCUCCACCGCAAGUACACAACCUUCCCUGAAGCUUUUGGAUGUGCUGUUAACGGAGUUCGAGGAGGAAAACUUGGAACUGAAGCACUACUUCGCAGUCACAGGAUUGUCAACCUCCACCACAGCCAAGAGCAAGAAGAAGAAAUGCCGUGGACUACUGUCGCAUUACUUGGAGAAAGCAACGCCGGUGACAGCUUUACGAAGAAGAUCAUUAUUUGUAGUUCUUACUUGUUGUACUUGGUGAAGGAGGUGGUUACUACUUGAUCUGAUGUGUAUUAGUAAUUGAUGUGGCUCAUUACUUGUACUUGGUCGUGAUGGUGACUUAGAUCUCUGCUCUCUUCUAGUUCUAGCACUGUUCUCUCCGCUUCAAAGCUUAUUCGGUGUGCAUAGAUUGAUACCGAUAGAUAAGCAUCUUGAACUUUCUAAUUUCUGGGGAUGUGAUGGUAAUGUCGGCUUUACUGAACUCGAGAGACGAUCCAACAGAAGGGGACGAGAAGAAGACCAAGGCGGUCAAAGAAUGGCUGGCGUCAGCGGUGUCAAAAGUCAAUAGCGAGUCGUUUUUUGACUCUCUUACUACUUAUGACAAGAAAAGGUUAGAGAUUUUACUGCUGGAAGGAUCUACUUCAGAGGUAAUCUUAGUGCUGCCCGCUGGAAGGACGAUCAUGAUCAUGUGUAGUAAGUACUACUUACAUUAAGUGAAAUAGGUGAGUAUGACAAGGAGGUGGAAUUGCGGUGAGCAGGAGGACGUACUAGAAGCACAAGGGGAGAAGUAUUGGGCGUAAUAUUCCCCAAGGAAAGCUCUUCUAACCUCGACUCGAGGGGGCAGCCACUUUUCUCCUUGGUUGGAAUGCGGUGGUAGGCAAUACCAAAAGAGCUUGGCUUGGCAAGAACGACAAAACGAUUGCGGCACCUGUGGCAAAUUACGGGUUGAAAGUUGACCUUUGGAUGAGCAUAUCUAUAAUGGCUUUUCUACUUGUAAGAAGCCAUGAUCAUAGAUAUGCGAGUUAGAGAGGUCAUCAACUUGUAACUCCUAAGCCGUAGGCGCUGUGAUCAGGCUGGCUAAGCUGUUACAAAAAGAACAAAAGAAGCCGGGUGUGUCGGAGAUUCAGGUACUGUGAAGUUCUACUUCUGUAGUUUGUGAUGGAGCUUGAAUGAUGUAGACUGAAAGAACAACUUCUUCCAUGAUCUCAAUCUCUCUCUGAAAACCGCUCUCUCUUUUUCUCUCACAACUCUCAGGCUCUCGCCCAAUACGCAGUCCAAGUCGUUACCGACAGUGGCAUCCUCGAGAAGCAAGCCGUUGAAAAGGACCUGUUUUUUUUCCGCUUGAUAGACUCCAAACCAGCGAAAGACGACAAGUCUUUGACGGUUCAAGUCGAAGCAUGUACAAUCUUUGGUCGCGUACCAGGAUCCGCGACAAUAAAGGUUGGAGAUUCAAAGUUUACGGCAUUGAAGGGUGGAAAGGGCUGCACAUUGGAGACGAAGGUACUAGAUACGAUUCGAAUUUGCUAUCGAUAAUGCUGUGGUAGGAUAUUCGAGUUUGCUAUGAUAGGAUAUUCAAAUUGUUUGAUUUCUUUGCCAACCUCAAAAAGAAAUUGAAAUGUUUUCAAAACUUUCCCGUAGGUAAUUGCGAUAGAUUAUCGGAGGACUGAGCCGACUUAUCAUAUCUGUUGAAAAAAUAUAAUUAUACUGAUGAAGUAUAAGUAACUGCCCCUCUCUCAAACUGAAACGACUGAACACACACACUCCAGAUCCCCACCGCUUCCGGAGCCAAAGAUUUCCUUAAAACAAAUGCUGGCCACGGUGUUUUUAGCCUGCAAUUUGGAGCCUCCAGUUCUAAACAGCAAUCACCUAUCAUCUUUCGAGAAAAGUGGGAGGACUCUUACUCCUUGAGCGUCCAGAAAUUGGUCAUCAACCAAGGACGUGGGGAGCAGAAGCGGGAGGUCUUUAGCUUGGCAAAGGACAAGGUAAAGACAGCGCUGUUAGCGAAAUUAGACGACAGCGCAUCACUGUUGUUAUGGACUGAAUGGAACCGACAUAAAAAAUUGACUUGCAUGAUCAUUAGUUGUCGAGAACAACAGUACUUCUAUCUUGUACAGCAAUCUUCUACAACACCGUCAAUGAUCUUCCUCCAGAGCAAUCUUGUGCAGCACCGUCAAUGAUCUUCCUCCAGAGCAAUCUUGUGCGGCACCGUCAAUGUUGAUCUUCCCCCAGAGCAAUCUCCUGCUCCUCCUGUUCCUGUUCCUCCUCCUCCGCCUGUUCCUCCUCCUCCUGUUUCUCCUCCUUCUGUUCCUGCUCCUCCUGUUCCUCCUCCUCCUGUUCCUCCCUCUCUUUCUAAGGAUCGUCGAGGCAUCCUUUACCGACGGAACGUCCGGCGAUGUAGUAAGACCUCAGCAAGUGUCCUUUGUUCUCAAGGCUGUGGGAGACGAACAACUGCCUUUAGGACUGCCAUCUACACAAGUGAUCCCGUUUUCGCAAAGCGCUGACUCUUUCUCGCUCAACCUACAGUUGUCGAACAAAAAGCUUGUGGUACUUUUGAUUACUUUUUUCACGGACGAUUUUUUGAUUCUUUUUUGAUUAUAGAGUCCAUCUUCUAUAGUCCUCCUCAUGCUGCACUUUGUUCUCUUCCACACCGAAGAUAAGGGACUACGACUGGACAACUCGCUCUCUCUAUUUUGAUAGAGUCCAUCUUGUUCCUAAGUAGUCCUCUGUCAGUCCAUCAAUCAUCUCAUGGAUAGUGGAAGAGUGCAACUUCAUCUGUGGAUCGGCUACCAAUAAAGAAAGUGCAUUUAUAAAAAUUUUCUAUAAUCUAUUUCAUCCGUCGCCGUCUGACUCCUAGGUCCCAUACGACGGCGAUUACGAGUUGAGUAUCAUCAUCGGAGAUAAAGACGUGCAAGGUGGCGGCAUGUGGCAGAAGAUAGGCAAGGCAAAAUUGCUCUUUUCCCAACCAGCAGAGCUUACUCUCGCAACACAUCUGUUGCCCAAGUACUUACAACUAGAGAUCCACUUUGAUGUAGUUAAGAUCCACCUUGAUGUUGAAUCAGCGACGGACUGUAUUCAUCUUGAUGUUGUUAUUUUUCUUAGCAGUUCAACUGUCAAACUCAAAUAUCUCAGACACUUCCAGAAAAUGUCCAUGAUCCUGUAUUACUUAGCAAUCAGAUAUGUCAAUGAAUAAGUACAUUAGAAUUAGUACCAGCAGGUACUUACAACUUCUUCGUCUACGUGGUACAACAACCACAAUCAAUAGGUCUUCAAUCGGGGCUUUGAGUACAUCGCAGUUGGCGGCAUUCGCUGCAGCCCCGAUAAUCGAACAUAUGUUCCGACAGCCAGAGGCGCGUGCAAACCCUAUCUUUCCAACGUUAUGAAUCACGAACAUCAAUGGAGAUCUUGUUGUGCAUGAUGUAGAUGUACAUUGGUUAGCAUUUUGUGUCCAUCUGUCUCAGCGUCUACAUCUUGGUUCCCGUUUCAUCCCAUAGAACAUAAAAUACAAGGGUAGAGCGGAAAGACAAAGAGAUACCAUUACCAACAACCUCAGAUGGGGGGACCUCCGACAUGAAUAUUGUGGCGCACUCUCUAACAAAGAUUUUCUUUGCUGCGGUAGCGUUCGUUGUGGUUGUGUUCAUCUUCGUCGCAUGCUCUUCAUGGAACGUUCAGUUGCUGGUGGGAGGACAGGCGCAAGGUUGGAGUUAUUAUACUAGUGAAAUUUAGCUUUUCCUUUUACUUACUUCGACUAAGUCGUAAGUCGUAUUUCCUGUACUAGUUGUUUCCUUUUGCUCUCACACUAAAUUAUACCCUCUCGUCGUCCUCUUCCUUCAUUCCUUCAUCAGAUUUCUUCUAACAAGAUCUCCUCUCUCUCACUCGUCUCACUCUCACGUUGAUCUCAACAACCCUUUCUCCACCACCACCACUCAGCCCGCUUGAACACUUAUCUCUUUAUCGGCGGACUCUUUUCGAUGGUCGGAUUGCUCUGGGCCUUCUUCUUCUGGAUGACACUCUUUGGAUUGGCUCAGAUUCUAUUAAGGCUAGAAGAAAUCCAUCUUCACAGGCAUCCUGAGUCCGUUUUCAAGGGGAAAAAGGUCCUCGGAUGCGUCUCAAGAUGGAUUUCUCUUAGUUCUAAUUCUCGUGCCAGCCUUCGUCGUCCUGAUCUUCAUCGGGAACAGCGAGCUUUGUGCCUGCAAGGAAGCAAGAUCAGCGAGAAAGAAAGAAGAAUAAAAAGGUGGAGUAGAAGUUGUUUUAGUUUUAGAGAAGUACUUGUACUAUACAACUUCUCUCUGUUUUGUGGGGAAAACGAAAUAUAAAAGCACGCGGGGGUUGAUUUUAGGUGAAUUUCGUGUCUAGUACCUCGUUAGUCAUCAAAACCCCACUACAAACCUCUGACAAGAAACCGAAAUAUGCUAUCAUGUCAAACCACACAGGAGUAACCAUCAAUAUGGACGAAUGGCUCAUGGUUUACUUCUAACACUUGAGAAUAUUGUCACAGCCACACAGACUAGAAAAAGGUCUGAUUCACUAGCUGAUUACAAGCAAAUAACACAACAACUAGAGAAUACACUGUCAACAUUCAUUACAAAUAUAAUGAGGACAAAAUAUUGAAGAACUCCGACUCCGAGAAGCAUACUACAAAAAUCAAAAUUUGGAGCCACACGGCCCAUGCCCAUCCCUACGUUGUACAACAACUCGCAAAGCAGAAUCAAUGAGGUAGCUGAAAAUAGCAUCACAGCUCUCGGAAAAGCGGCGCAGAGGAUACAUGUAAAUUAUCACUACCCUCCACGUCCACUAGGU